UUAUGAUCGAGUUGUCUGUUGUGUUUACAUACAUGUGCGUCUUUAACCUCAAAGUUAACUACUCGUAUAAACUAUUUGAUAUCUAAUGGGAUUUCAUAUUUUAUAAUUUUAUUUUAAAUUUCAAUAUAUGUUUCCUAGAUUAAUAAAAAAUUAUUUGAUGUUAUCAGGAUUAGCAUAUCGAAUCACUGAAGGAAGCAUAAUAUUUGGGCGACUUAACAACAUAAGUGUUUUUAGAAUACUUGGAUAUCACCAAAACAACUUUGCCCGUAUUAUCCAACGAUCACACAGCAAAAUGAGUUCUGAUCUCUCGGACAGCAAAACAGAGAUGAACAGUGAAAUGUCAGAACCAUUUCCAAGCCAAGGAAGCCCAGAGCAUUGUGAAAAAAACCUGGAAUCUUGUGAACCAGUUUCACAAACAUUUCUGGAUAAAGGUAACACAGAAAUUAACUUGGAAAAAGCCAAUAUUUUAAAACCGGUUUUAAAAACGAGUCCAUCUGAGGUGAGUUUGUGCGCGGUUGUCAGUGUAAGUGAAAGUGAAAGUGGAAGUGAGUGGAAAUCAGUGGGAACUCAGUGUAAUGGUUCCAGUGAUGAAGACUGUAUUGUGGUGUUCAAGCAAGCUUGGUCCGAGGGAGAGGAGGAAGUGGAGGAAGACACAGCACUGGAUGAAACUGACAACACAAUACAGGUAAGUUACAUCUUUCAACAGCGUACUAAAAUAGUUUAA